AUGGCGGGCAAAGACUCGGAUCCCGAAGACGCCAUCACCCAGGAUGAGAUCCAAGGAACCGCCGCUACACCCCAACAACCGCGAAAUGCCUUCGCAGAGCUCAUGACACGAAAGCGCAAGCCCGAACCGACCUCAGAACCCCCUAAGCCUUCUUCUCGCAAUAAGCCCCCUCAUAGAAGCCGCGAUGGCCUCGGCGCAUACAUCGAAGACCCAUCUACCUUCCCAGCCUCGCGGGUGAUCUACCACAACGACGAUUUCGUCGCCAUCAACGACCUCUACCCAAAGGCCAGCGUCCACACGCUGCUGCUCCCUCGAUCCUCCAAGCACAGCCUCCUCCACCCCUUCGAAGCCUUCGACGACCCCGAGUUCCUGGCUACGGUACAAAAGGAGACCUUAAAGCUGAAGGAUCUCGUAGCUAAAGAGCUACAGCGGCGGUUCGCAAAGGAAAGCAAGGCCGAGGCAGAGCGAGAAGCCGUGCUCGACGGACGCGCAGAGCCGACAGGCACCGAGCUUCCCGAAGGUCGAAAUUGGCACGCCGAGAUCAUCACUGGCAUACACGCGCAUCCGAGCAUGAAUCACCUUCACGUCCACGUGCUUUCGCGAGACAUGUAUUCCGUAUGCUUGAAGCAUCGCAAGCACUAUAACUCCUUCAAUACCCCUUUUCUGGUCGACGUCGCCGAUUUCCCACUGGCCCCGGAUGAUCCCAGGCGUCAUCCUGGCCACGAGGGCUACCUCAUGAAAAGAGAUCUUGUUUGUUGGAGGUGCGGUGAUAGCUUCAAGAACCACUUUGCGAAGCUGAAGGAGCAUCUCUCGGAAGAAUUCGUCGAGUGGAAAAAGGAAUAA